UGGUAAACGUGUAAUGUACCCGGUGCAUUUGCGACACGAGGAAUUAAAUUACGAUCGUGCCAGGAAAAAUGGUAGUGAUUGAUAAACGUAGUUCGCUGAUACUGUCCACCGCGGGUCAUUUCUUCGGCGUCCCUCUGACGGACGAUGAGGCCAUCGUCGACGGUGGAUCGGUGCUUGACAAUUUCUUGGACCGGCCAACGUGUCGAACGUUGUGCGCGCAACCGACCGACAGCAAAGGCAACGAAGCGCGAUUGAAAUUGAGCAACGAGCUGUCCGUUGGAAGAAACACUUUGGUCUUCUUCAAGUUGACAGAAGCCCCGGUCACAGAGAAGAAUUUCCACGAUCUCGUCCACGUGACGUCCACUGGCAGCGAGAAAGGAUCGACGCUGAUCGAGGCUCUGCGUCAAGUAUGGGGGCCGACGCUGCGUUCUUCCGGUCUAAGUCCGUCGUAUUUGAAGAAGCUGGAGGAGAGCCUUCUUGGUUCGCCGGUUACAACUUCCGUCCUCGAGGAGGAGGAUUACUGGCGGAAGAGAUGGGAGGACGCGAAACGUUCGCACGACAAAACGAUUUACGCCGAAGCUGUAAAAUCCCUGAAGAGCAUAAGAGCCGAGCUGGAGAGCGCGGCGGUGGCUAGAAACGCACUAAUGGCUGCAGAGGAUGCGGUGGAGGCUGUGUCCGGUUACGUGGACGAUUUAUGGAAACUGGGGGACCCAGUGUACUCGGAGAAUCGGAUGAAGUCUUUUUUGGACAUCAUCGGAGACGAAGUGGUGUCACUGGUUCGAAACGUUGUGGACGAGAUUCGUUCUUCCGACGAUCGGGUGAAGAUCGAAACGAUCUCGACCGGUGCUGGUGUCUGCGAGAAGUGGAGCAACAUGGCUGAGAAGUUCACGACGCUCUUCUGGCCCCAUCAUUCCCUUCAUCCGUGGAAGGGCCCGAGUCAUGUUCCCGAGAGAUGCGCGGGAAUUGGCAUACGACUCAGGCAGAUUGCCGAGUUACGUGCGCAGUAUCGGCAAUUAACCAGGCUGCUGACUUCGAACGAGAGGUCGGGACUUGGCACGGACACCUUAAUGCAAUGCUUCGACGAUGUUAAAGUCGUCUUCGAUGACGAUGAAAAUAGUACCGAUUGGAACAGACUUAGAAGAAAGGUCGAAGAAGGCUUGGUGCCUGCCGAAGAACGCGUCGCUCAGAAGCUGAAGUCCCAAAUCGCUGAUGCUACCACUCCGAACUUCCUACUGGCUGAAUUUCGACGUUACUUCGAGUUGAUGAAGAGAGACGGCUUGAAGAGGGCCUUACGCGGUGAACGCGAAACAUUGCUUUCUGCGUACGGAGACCUUAUCGACAGUUGUUUGGCUGGGCCAGAUACGGGAACUCUCUUAGACAGUCCCAAAAUACUGCAGGAAGUGCAAGCAGCUAGAACAGCGGAGAUGAGGCUGGAAAGCUUAGACAAAUUAGGAAAAGAGCUGCUGGCUGAUCUUCCCGGCUACGAGGAGGUCUCGUCGAAGGUGACAAUGGCUCUGAAGGACGUAGAGAAGAAACGUCAGAAUUAUCUCGAAGCUUGGACGGAGGAAACAAAGGAUGCUGUAGCGAAGAAGGAACUGUCUUUAGGCACCGAUUCCGCUGUGGUGGAGCUGACAGGUACCAGCAUGAUGCGAGUGACGUACGAUCCAAGAUUAAUGACUCUGAUCAGGGAAGCUAGAGCGCUGUCGGGUCAAGGAGUCGAACUUCCUCGUGAAGUGAAGGACUUGGUUGAAAGGGCGGGGAGUUUGGCAGGACGUGCGAGGGCUCUUCAACAAGUCGCGACAUUUCACAACACCAUUGGAGACCGUAUGGUGCCGUCUCAGAGGCCGCUGAUGCUCACGACUGCUUUGGAACUGGCUCGUGCCGUCCAGGAACAGUCUGGCGUCGUUUGGUCCGAUCCUCUGGCAGUGGACGCUUACACGGCCAGAUUAAAAGAAUUGGUGAGAAAAUUCGCACAACAGAACUCCGAUCUGGCGGCAAAGCACUGUGCACUGCGGGAUUUGGUGUCGAAUUUACUGAGAGGCGAAACGGUCAAUCUGAUCGGGAAUCAGAAUGCUUGGAAAGACGCGUUGAUGAAUAUGAGGACGAUCGUCGAUACCGUGGAGGCGGAAUACGGGAACACGAGAGCUUGGAAGCUUCAUUGGGACAGGCAGCUGCUGAAAGCGCUGGCUGUAGCUUACAGAGGCGCGCUGCCGUCCCUGUUGAAGAAGCUGCCGGACAUUAAAGCGGAACUGACGUUCCGCGACGGAUCCUUGCAGUGGCGGCCGUCGCUCGAGGAGCUACGCGCGAAACUGUACUCGUCUAUACGCCGAUCCCUCUCGAUACCGAUGAAUUUCAGGGGGGUAGGGGACGCGGCAGAUGCCCACUUCGGCGACUUGAUUCAAAGAAGCGCCUAUCUGUUCGGCGGCGUCUAUAAGCAGGCCGAAAUUGCUCUUUCCGCUCUGGAAACGCUCAGGAUGAAAUGGCUGUAUCUGGCGGCACCGGCGAAAAUCGACGCCGCUGAACGCUUGAAAGGACGAUCGCCGCAGGAAUGGACGAGAGCAUUCAAAGACGCCAAACAAUGGGCGCAGGAGGUGGGAAAACUGCGCGGAAACGAGGUGAAAAUCUGGUGCAUCAGCGUGGACACGGCAACGACCAGGAACGAUUUGGAGUCAGCGUCCCGUCGUUAUUGGGAACGUUUGUGCUCCGAUUUAAGGGUGGAGGCUUCUUCGAGGCUGGUGGCGAUCGUGGAGUUCCUUUCUUCAGCCUCGAAGGAACUGGAACGCAGACCCCGAAGCGUGGAGGAAGUUGGAUUAGCGUAUGAAGCUCAUGCACGUAUCGAAGCUCAAUCAUCCGGCAUGGCGGAAGAAAUGGAAGCUGUUGCUGGCUUAUCGAAAGUACUGGCCGCGUGGACGAGCGAGAAACUUGAGGGCGUCAGUGCGGCGCACACAUCCUGGCAAGAUCUCGCCGAUCGUUUGGAGCGUCACAAGGCGGUCGUGGCUAGAGAAUUAGAGGACGCGAAAGUGAAUCUUCGCCAUCGAGGAGUGGCUCUGCGAGACGAGAUAGAACGAUGGCAAACGAAAUGGUCCUCGAAGCCAGGAAUUCUCAACCUGGAUUGGAUAAUCUCGAUGAGGGAAAGAUGGACGAACCUGAAGGAGCAAUUGGACGUAUUGAAGACCGAUUGCCGAAGAGUCGAGUUGAGCAUCGACGAGCUCCUAGACGAGAAUGACGAGACCGUAAAGACGCUGGAGAUGCAGCUGGAGGUGGAAGAGUCGAACUGUCGAUUCCAAGCGGAAUUUAUGGAGGAGCUGAAGAACCAAGAGGACGAAGAAUGGGCUGUGGCAAGAAGGAGACUGCCUAGGCUUCACGAUUGGCUGGACUCUUGGGAAAACAGGAUACGGGUUCAGCUGAAGGAUCAAUUGAAAGACGACACGCCGGAGCAAAGGGAUAACCUGGAGAUGAACACUUUCGUCGGUAGGAAAGUUCGCGAAAUUCGAGCUGGCAUCGAGUGGCUUCAGCUUCUACGCGGGGAUGAAAUAGCUGAAGAACACUGGGGUGAACUAAGAUCCGUUUUAAAUUUAACUGACGUCAAGAAUGUCAGGGACAUCACUUUGGGCCACUUACUGCGAUCCGUGGAGAAGAUCGAAGAGAAUUCUGAGAAGAUAAAGGACAUCGCGAAGAGAGCGGCGGCAGAGAGCGGAAUCCGCCAGGGGCUGAUGGAGUUGGAGUCCUGGGAGGCAUCCGCGCAUUUUCAGCUCCAGCAAUCAAAGGACAGCAAAAACGCCGGCAUUCUUCUCGUCGAGGAGUACGGCAGUUUGUUAGCCAGGGCGGGUGAACUGAGGCUGCUGUUGGAGGGUGCGAAAGGGGCAGCUGGAUACGAGAGGUUCGCUGCGAGGGUGGCUCGUUGCGAGGCAGGGCUCUCCGAGGUGGAGGAGAGAAUAAAGACUCUAAGCACGGUUCAGAGGAAAUGGGUUUACUUGGAGCCGGUCUACGAAGGCGGAGCGGCUCCGAAUGAUACUGGCAGGUGGUCCAGAGCAGACAAAGAAUUCAGGUACCUCAUAGGGGAAGUGUCGCGCGAUUCAAGGAUAUCAUCCCUGAGAAGGCUUCCGCUUUCAACAUUCACGAACCUAAAGGAUCUAUUGGACAGGUGUCAAAGAAGCCUCGACGAAUAUUUAGAGGAGAAACGUUCAUCCUAUCCUCGGCUCUAUUUCCUGAGCGACGAAGAUCUCCUCGAAUUAGUGUCAGCGCACGGUCGGGGUCUGGAAGCUCAUCUACCGAAACUGUAUCAAGGCAUAGGAUCGAUAAUAAAGGGCGAUAAUGGACUGACGGCCGUUGUAUCGCCAGAAGGUGAAAUAUUGCAGUUACCCGGGCCCGUCGACCUCCGGGAGCCAUUACCGCGAUGGCUGAGCAAUCUCGAAGAUGGGAUGAAAACCACCCUGCGACACAGUUUAGAAAAAUGCCUAGCCGACACCGCGCCCGACCCGUCCGCCUAUCCGACUCAAGUUCUGCUGUUGGCGGAGAGGAUUCGAUUCACGGAGCGCUGCGAGAUUGCUUUAAAGGAAGGUCGAUCCUCUUUGAAGAAUCUCGUCGACUACUUGGAGACGCAAAGGGCGAGGUACAGAGGUUUGGAGGACGCCGGCGAUAAACUGACUGCGCUGAAAGCUCGCGGGCUUCUUCUGGACACCGUGCACCACCUGGAAAUAGCCAGGAAUCUGUUGAACGUCACUGUCCAGGGGGAGAGUACCGUUUGGACUUGGCACAGGCAAUUAAGAAGCUACAGAUCUAGUAAGGGGCCAAUCGUCCGCUGCGCCGGAGCAGAAUUCCCGUAUCGCUUCGAAUAUCAAGGCGCUUCUGUCGGUUUGGUACAAACGCCGUUGACAGAGAGGUGUUUCCUGGCUUUGGCACAAGCGAUGAAGCUCGGCCUGGGUGGCAGCCCGAGCGGGCCAGCUGGAACCGGGAAAACCGAGAGCGUGAAAGCACUCGGUGCUAUUCUAGGCAGGCUCGUUUUAGUUUUCAAUUGCGACGAAGGAAUGGAUACUGGCAGCAUGCGACGAAUCCUGGGUGGUCUGGCGCAAGCCGGUGCGUGGGGCUGUUUCGACGAGUUCAACCGUCUCGAGGAGGAGACUCUCAGCGCGGUCGCCAUGUUGGUUCGACCUCUGCAGGAGGCAGUUCGCGACGGUGCGACGGAAGUUGUAUUGGCUGAUCAGAAAGUGAAGCUCGAUCCCCAUUGCUGCGUGUUCAUCACGAUGAAUCCAGCCGGGAUAGAGUACGGCGGGCGUAGAAAGCUUCCGGAUUCUCUGGCGCGACUCUUCAGACCUAUCGGAAUGGCGCAUCCCGACAGGUCGGACAUCGUGAGGGCUUUGCUGGAAUGCGCCGGAUUCUUAGACGCCUCGACGCUCGCGAAACAGCUCGUCGAAACGCUCGACAUUGCGGAGAUACUGCUGUCGAAUCAGCCGCACUACGAUUGGGGUCUCAGAGCUCUCAGAUCCGUGCUGGACGCCAUUCCGAUGAAUACUGAAUUGGACGAGACCAGCAGACUAGUAGCAGCGAUCCGUGCUUCAACGUUACCGAAGCUGACACAGGAAGACACACCGAAGUUUCUGUCGCUAUUAGAAGACGUUUUCCCGAACGUGAAUCCUUCUUUGUCCACGUUCAUCGACAGGCGAGAUUUACAGACCGUUUUACAGCAGCUUUGCGCGGACCAAGAGCUGAGCAACGAAAUAGCUAACAGAUGCAUUCAACUGAACGACCAGCUGAAAAGCAGAACGGGUGUCGCGAUCGUUGGACCGGCGGGAAGUGGUAAAACAACCAUCAGGAAACUUCUGUGUGACGCUUUAACGAAAAUCGGUGAAACGGUCGUUGAAUUUCACAUGUAUCCUGGCGCGAUGCCUAAAUCGAGACUUCUGGGUCGCGUGGAUCCUCAAACUAGGGAGUGGAAAGAGGGUCUGUUAUCAAGCGUCGUCGCGUCGGCCGGAGAAUCAACGACCUGGAUCAUUCUUGAUGGCGACGUUGAACCCGAUUGGGCUGAAGCUCUAAACUCUGCCCUAGACGACAAUAGAUUACUGACUUUACCCAAUGGCGUGGGAGUAAAGCUCGGCCCUGGAACGAAAUUUAUUUUUGAGACACACAAACUAGCUGGAGCGAGUCCAGCCACCGUUUCGCGAUUAGGAGUCGUUCAUUUGGGUUCCACGAUUCCCACGAGCUUACUAGUGCCGUCGAAGCUGGCAGAACUCACAGAAGCAGCGAAGGAGGUCGCGAAUUCUCAUCUGUGUCCCUGCAUCGAGGAAUGUUUGAGAAUCAAUCAAGAUAUUUCCUCCGCUUCCGGUCUAAUGGACUCCGUGCUUUGCCAUUUGAAGGGUGCCAGCACGCACACUUCCGCUGCCUACGCCCUGCUCGCUUCAUUGUGUAAUCAAAUAGAGGAUGAAAGGCUUAGAAACGAUUUCGCUCGUUUGAUUUAUCAAUUUACCGAUUGCUGGUGUCCGGAUCCGCAGAAACCGAGUUCCGUGUUGUACGAUGAAGACACUGAUCGAUUAGAGGCUGUCCAGGAUACUAAUCAAUCAGUUGAUACAGAGGACGGUCCUAUUCUAUUGACAGGCGCUAUGAAGGGGGCUUUAGCGAGCGUCCUGCCUUGGAUUCGGAACAACCAGCCGAUAAUGAUAAGGGGCCCAGAGGGUUGCGGCAAAAGCGCCCUAAUAUCCGUGAUUCUUUCAACGAUCAGGAGCAACGAGCCUUCGACUCUGAUAAAGGGAUCAUCCCUUUACGGCGCUCAGGAUUUGGUGGCGAAACUAAAGCGGGGCUGCGUGCAAUUGAACUCGUCAUCUCAUGGGAGAACGUACAAGCCGCGAAGUGGAUCGAGGGUUGUGCUGAUUCUCGAAGAUUUGCACCUUGCUUCGAAGAGUCUACAGGAGCUCGUACGAGAGUUGCUGCAAGAAGGAGGAUAUCACGAGGAAGAUUUGGAGUUCGCUAGAGUCCCUUUAACCGUUAUAUGCACAGCAGAUGCAACGACUAAACUGCAUCCGAGAUUAGAGGCCCUUUUGUCUGUUCAUUAUCUACCGCAUCCAGGUUCGAAGGAAAUUGCUGAAAUUUUGGAACUGCACCUGAACAGUUCCUUAAAAGGGGAUCGCAUGCUGAUCGGAUCUUGGAUCACACAGCUCGCGCCCACCAUCCUGGAAGCUUUCAGGCUAAUGGAAACCAGUCAAGGCUUGCCUAUCAAAUGGACCCCGAAAGAUCUAAUUCAGUGGGCUGACAGUUUGAAGUGCUAUCCUGUGCCAGAAAAUGAAACAGAUAUCACCAGCUGUUUGUUCGACUCUGGACGACGUCUCUUCCAUCCUAGAUUGACGUUGAGAGAUCAGUCACGCUGGGAGUCGAUAGUUCUGUCGAAAGUCGCCGGGCCCGGAACCUCUGCCAACGACGUGUACAUAUGGAAACGCGGUAACACGGGCUUAUCUGCGCUGGACGAGGAACAGUGGAGGAAGGAGAUAAUUAACGCGGCGGCGAGAUGCAGCAGAGAAGGCGAUCCGGUGCAAGCGUCGAUCUCGUUUCACCUGUUGCGCACAGUGGCCGGAUUAAGCUGGGCUUUCGGGACAACCUUGAGAGGCGUGAUUCUGAUUGGACGACCUGGAGCUGGACGGAAGUCAGCCGUCCGACUCGCUGCCACUUUUUCAUCCCUUCGUCUGGUGGACUCAGGACCUGGACGCGGACGGACAUCGAUAAAAGCGGCGGUUCAAGCAGCUGGAAUCGACGGGGAGCCGACUCUGCUUUUACUCGAAGAGCAUAACAUGAGAGAAAAUGGAUUGGCCAUUUUGGCGAGCGCAAUAGUGUCGCGCGGAGAACUUCCAGGAUUAUUUACAGCGGAAGAACUGGACGGUUUAAUAGCGCCUCUGGCUGACGUAGCGAGAAGAGAAGAUUUCUCGGGCAGUUUGGAACAGUACCUCUACCACCGAUUGAGGAGUUACCUGCGAGUCGCGAUGAUUCUGGACAACGGAGAAAUCAAGUCUCCCUGGCUCACGCGUUCCGGCCUGUUGAAGCACUGCGGUUUAAUCGGGCCAGGUCUCGGUUGCGAAUGGUGGUCCAGCGAGGGCACGCUGACCGAACUGGCUCGCCAGCAAGAUGGCGCCGAGGCGGAGGCCUCCGGGGAAACUUUGCCAGGUAUAAAGGUGAUGGUAAGGGCUCACCUCGAAGCUCCGAGACAGCAACAAGCGCCGGCUCGAUUUUUCGCUCUAUUGCACACCUGGAAACACCUGCACGUGACUUGGAGCGAAGAUGUGGAACGGAAGCUGAGCAGUUUGGAAGCCGGGAUAGGAAAGCUGAAGGAAGCAGGGGGGCAGGUGGCUAAAUUGGAGGAUGAAGUCUCGAAGCAACGCCGGGAACUGGAGACAGAACAGGGUCGAGCGAACGCAGCUCUCGAACAGAUUUCAGCCACCAUGAGGGGUGCAACGGGGCAAAGAGGAGAGAUGGCGAACUUGAAAGCUGAAACCGAACGGGAAAGUGCAGAGUUAGCCCGUCGAAAGGCAGACAUCGAGGGAGAUCUCGGGAAGGUGGAGCCGUUAGUUGAACAAGCGGCUCAAGCAGUAGCUGGCAUCAGCGCUGACGCGUUAGCAGAAGUCCGCUCCCUAAGAGCACCGCCGGCGCCCGUUAGAGACGUUCUCGAGGGUGUCCUUCGAUUAAUGGGCAUCAAAGACACUUCGUGGAACAGCAUGAAAACUUUCCUGGCGAAGCGCGGGAUCAAGGACGAAAUUAGAACGUGGGACGCGAGGAGAAGCACAACAGCGAGUCUGGAGGCAGUUGCCAAGUUGGUCAAGGAGCGGCCGGAGAGUUUCGAGGAGAAAACCGCGAAAAGAGCCUCGCAGGCUGCCGCCCCAUUGGCAGCGUGGGUUCUCGCGAAUCUUCAAUACGGCCAGAUCCUUCAGCAAGUCGCGCCGCUCGAGAAGGAACAACGGCUGCUAGCCGAAAGUCUGUCAGCGGCCGAAGCUCAGAUAGGAAAGUUAGCCGCCGGACUGAACAGCGUUGAAAGUCGCGUGGCACAGCUUCAAGAGGAACUCGCAGAGCAUUCGAGAGGUGCUGCUGCGUUGCAGCUGAGAGCCGAGGCAACGGAAGGUAGGCUGGCAACUGCGAGAGCAUUGCUACAGAAAUUGGACACGGAGCAUCGUGACUGGCAGGAGCAAUUGGAAGAAUUGACCGCCAGAAAGCAGAAGUUGGACGUCGAAGCUGCGAAUGUGGCCUCCCUGUUGGUUUACGAGAAUCCCGGGAGGGACGACAAAUGGAAAAAGUCAGCCAUCGAUUUGCUGAUCACCGAGAGGGAGCGACUUCUCUGGCGCGCUCAAGGGUUGCCCGCGGACACCGGAAGUCUCGUGGCAGCGUCCUGCACCCUCAGGGGGCCGCUGGUCCCGAUAUUCGUGGAUCCGUCAGGCGUGGCGGUCUCCUGGCUGAAGAACAACGUCGGGCCCGUUAUGGAAAUCACGAGGCCGGAGGAUGGGAAGUUUCUGACCGCGCUCGAGCUGGCCGUGCGAUUCGGGAAACCGUUGCUGGUGGAGGAACUGGUCGAGUUCCCUUCGAUUUUGUUGCCGCUGCUGCGCCGCCGUCCCCUGAGGCUCGGUGAACGAACUUUGCCGCCACCGCAGGGCUUCAAACUUUUCUUGGCCACCAGACGGGACAGAUUGGACGGUUUUCCGAAGGAAGUUGACGCGGUCUUGUUCAAGAUUGCCCUCGGGGCUGGUACUAAGAGCUUGGCGGAGCGAUUCGUUGAGAGGGUUUUGUUAAAGGAAACGCCCGAGUUGGCAACGAAAAGGAAAGAGGCACUGGAACGGGAAGAAAAAUUAUCCGGCGAACGGGACACAGCGAGAUUGGAUCUGCUGGCACAGUUGGCCACCGCGAGGGGUCAAGACCUCCUCCAAGAGUCUGAAGGAUCUCAGGGUGGACUCUUGUCAUCGUUGGAGGCCACUCAGUCGAAAGCAAAAGAAAUCGCAUUUGCCCUCGAAGAAAGCCGGCGAAGCUUCGAGAAUGUGUCCAGGAGAGCCAAGGAUCACGAGAAAUUGGCGAAAUUCGCAGCGAAUUUGUAUAAGACCGUGAAAGCUCUCACAGCCUUGAGCCCGCUUUACGUUUUUUCCGCGGAAGCGUUCACAGACAUUUACCUGGAAGCGGAGGAUUAUAGGAAUUCGAUAUUGUCCGAGGAUAAGAAGGAACAGGAUAAACUGAUCGAAAAACGAUUAAUAAGCUUAACCCUCUACUAUUGCGCCAAAGCCGUGUACAGGAAGCAUCGAUUGCCAUUAGCCCUGCAGCUCUCGCUCUCCUUACAUUCGGUGCCAGACGCUGAGAGGAAUUUCCUGUUGGGCGAAGUGUUAUCGAACAACGAAGAGGAUUCUGAUUACAGAGUGCCUGAAUGGGUACCCGAAGAACGACGCCUUUCCGUGCGCGCCCUGGUGUCAUCGUUGCCUCAAAUAGCAGCGAAAAUGUCACCAGCUUAUUUGAACGACGUCGGCAACAUUUACGCGGAAAAUAGUUUAACGACAUUUCAAAAAAUUUUGCUCAUCAAGACCUUCCGUCCUGAUUACCUUCACACAGCUCUAUCGAAGUUGGCUGCCGAAGUGCUAGGUGUGAAGGAGUUAGCUCCGCCCCCUUGGUCUCUGAGGAAUGUAGCCGAAGAAGUAGCUUCGUAUCCGGUAUUGCUCCUUCUGUCGCCGGGUGCUGAUCCUGGUUCAGAGCUGCAGGCUUUGGCCAGCAAUCAAAUUGCAUCGGCCACAGGAUUCACGGAAGUGUCUCUGGGUCAGGGACAAGUCGCUCAAGCUGAGCUUGCGCUGGAAAGUGCUUGCCGAAACGGCAGCUGGAUUCUCCUCAGCAACCUCCACCUAGCUUUAAACUGGCUGCCGCGGUUAGAAAGCCUCUUACGAUCGCCCAUGUGUACCACUAACAAACACCAGGCUACAAGAAUCUGGCUAACCACCGAGGAGUGUUUAGGAUUCUACCCAAGCCUAGCUGGUCUCUGUUUGAAGCUAGCUUACGAGCCGCCGGAGGGCAUAAAAAGGAACGUCAAGAGAUCACUUCAGCAGCUCCAGCAGAAGCAACAAGACGAUCUGAACAUUCCUGGGAGCGUUCUGCUAUCUUGGCUGCACGCAACGCUUCAAGAACGACGGAAGUUCGUCCCCGAAGGUUGGAUCAGAGCCUACGAAUGGAACGAGGCGGACAUCGAAGCCGCGUAUGAACUGGUGGUGAAGAAGAUGGCCACGAAAAAGGACAAGGACAACGAUGGAAUAUGGCAGACCGGUAGAGGAUUGCUGGACGUUGCCAUUUAUGGUGGUAGACUUCAGGAUGAUUAUGACAUGCGAGCGUUGCGCUCCAUCAUCCGCGACAUUUGGUCCUCCGAGGUGUACGAAGGGCGGAAGAGGCUGGCUGGAGUGCUUAGGGUGAGCAAGAGCUCCUUCGAAGACGUGGUUAGAGCCCUGGAACAGAUUCCCGAUAACAACUCGCCCAGAGAAUGCUUUGGAUUACCGGCUAAUGCACACAGAGCGUGGGAGAGAGGGGCUGCUGAGGCGGCGCUGUCGCAUCUGAAAGGCAUUCUGAUCAAAGUAUCAGUCAGCGAAGACAAGAACGAAAAGAAAAAAAUUGAAUCAAGGAUACAUAAGGACUUGAAGGACCUGAUCGAACGUCACGGUUCGAUCUUCGCGUUGCCAGAGAUGGGAAGUGGCGGGAUUAAGAAUUCAUUGGAACGAUUCUUCGUCGACGAAUUGAAUUUGACCAAGAAGACGUUGAAUCUCAUACGAACGGACGUUGAUAAUCUAUCUUUCGAAGAUUUCAAGACACCAAAACGUUGGCUGGAAGAAUGGAAAUACGGCCCCAAGGAGGUCCUGCCUUUCGUGAAAGGAUUAUUGUCCAGAUACCAGACGUUGGAGACAAUGUUGUCGAUUUCGUCGUCCGUAAUUGACAUGUCCCGAUUGGCCAGGCCACGGGCGUUCCUUACUGUCCUGAAGCAACACACGGCUCGGCGAACACGUCAACCCCUGGAAAAUCUUCGACUUCACGUGAACUGGGUGGAAAAUCGGAGAAAAGAGUGGAAGAUAUCGUUGAUCAUCGAAGGCCUUCUGAUAUCAGGUGCGUUAAUAGAAGAUGGCGCGUUGAAGGACUUGGAUGCGAACGCAGCGUCCGUCGCAGCUGCGCCGAAUUGUCAAAUUGCAUUCCUGCCUGAAAAUUACACGGAUGAUAAUUUGGGCGAAUAUUUGGGAAACGCUAGAGAGGACAUUCUUAACAUUCCGGUCUACGCGAGCUCGCAGAGGGACAUGUUGAUUUGUUCGCUGCCGAUUAAGUGUCCGAAAGAGGACCAAGACAAUUGGUUGCGCCGAGGUGUCGCUCUUUAUCUGAAAUUAACUUAAUUCUGAUUUUCAACUAAAAUAUUCUUCACAGCGAUGGAGUCAUUUUUGGAGGCAGAACUUUUUCAUGUAAUUUAGUAUA